GACCGUUCCCUUACGUGUGUAAAUUUGGUUGCCAACUCUACGGUUAAAGGCACCUACGGUUCGCUACUGGCGAUUGGCACGUGUAAACAGUGCGAAAGAAUUUAGAAGAUCGACCUUGUAAACAGUGCGUACGAAUGCAGAUGAUCGUGAGCUGCAAAUGCGAUGAGCUGUUUCAGCUCCGAGAAGUGCCGGUAAAACGGAAAAACGACCGCUAGCUGGAGUAUUUAAGGCAGCUCCUUCGGACUGGCAGCGUUAGUGCGCUUUCACCAGAUACACAAUGGACAAAUACCUGCGAAACUUCAUCAAAUAUCAGCCGUUCAUGAUCGUCUUGUUUACGCUGCAGAUGGUGGCGGUGCUUACACCGGCGAUGGCACAGACUGAACCGGACGGAAUCGAAAAUCUACGCUUCGGAGGCAAGGUGGCAGUAGUAUUCGGCUUCAGCUGGAUCCUCGCUGUGGUAUCGCUGAUCGCGGCGAUACAUAAGGAAGACAAACGACUCAUCUAUCCGUACGCGUGCGUGUUUGGGUUUGAGCUUCUGCUACUAGUACUGCGCGAAUUUUACGUCAUUGCAGUCCAUGGGUUUUUUAUCGAAGUUUUUACAAUCAAAAUGUACGUCGCAGCGCUAGUUGUACCGUAUGUUUGUGGAAGCCUGUUUGCACUGCACCGGCUGUUCACGGUGGACCCGAUCGAAACGCGGCUUGACGAGGGAUUUGUGCGCUUCGAUCGCAACGAGAUGGCGGCCGUCGCGGAAAGCCAAAUUAGCUCCUCAACCAUCAGCCCCGUGCCCACUCAUAAUACACCGCAGGUGGUGUAGUAGAAGGAUAAAACUAUGGUAAGGUGGACACACUAACCAAGGUUUAACGUUGCGCUGUGACACCAUCAACGCCAUUGCCAUUGCUCGAGUGCCCUGUGUGGGUGUAUGAUUAAUAAACGAGAAAUCGUCAAGAUACCUUUUUAAUGGUCAAGUUACCAAUAAACGCUGUCAGCUUAGGUUAAAAACAAAAUCAUGCCCUUUUAAAGUACUUAGCAUUUUAUUAACACGGUUAUUAUUAACAGAUCGAAUGGAAUGUGAUUGUUAUGGGAUGUUGGGAAGCGCACUGUGUUUGCUAACAGUUCUACACCAUUUGUAAGGAUACACACACACACACGCAAACCCUUGGGAAGCGAUAACGUAAAAGCAUGAACGAUUAGUUCAUUCGGGCAAGCGCUGUUGAUGAGACAUGCAAGCAAGCUUAGGAAAUACACACAGGAACACACACACACACAGAAACAGUCCAAACAUACACAAACUGAUAGCACACACAAGACCACACAGCAGAGACGCAGCAGGGAUGCUUAGAUAGAAGGGAGCUUAUGGUAGGGUAAGAGGAUCGCACCUAUUCCGCCACGAGUGCCGCCUCCUCCUCCUCGGCGAGUGCAACCGGAUUGGUGAUGCCGUUGCUGAACCGUACAAAAUUGUCACCCGUCUGUGGUUUCGGAUCGGUGCUGAACAGCCGGCCCAGCGCGACCAGCGUCAUGAACAGAUAGCAAGUAAUGUCUGGAAAGUUAACGUUUUGCGUUAAUGAUGCCGUUUGAAGGGGGAUGCUGUUUUUUCCCUCUGGGGAGACAACACUUACACAGCACGGCCAGCAGCGUGGGAAUGUUCACAAACACCAUCGAGUACCAGCGUCGAUCGUGCCAUAUCAUCACGAUAUCCCGGAUGGCUAGCAACGCCAAAUCCACCAGAUAGAGCAGCGCGAACGGCAGCAGACACUGCUUGAUCUCACAGUGCACUCCGUACAGAAAGGUACAGCCAGCGAAGAACCAGAAUAUGCCCAGCACCAGUGCCGUCGUGCCCAUGAAGCGGUAGUUAUAAUCUAUGCGGCCGUUGAACGGUUAGGACAGUAAGUAGGGAUUUGGAUUCGCGAACGAUGCGUAACACGGCAAGCGGUACAACUUACAAAACUCCAUCGGAUAGUACGGAUCGUUCGAUUGGAAAAUCACCAGCGUCAUCAGGAUGGACAGCAGCAGCGUAAACCCGCCGAUCAUGUAUCCUUGGAAUUUUAUGUAAAACCGUAGGUAGCGCUCCAUACUGCUGUGUCUUUGUGCAAAUGUCACUCAAAUUAACACGCAAAACUGGGCUGUUUGAUGGCGACGAGGAGCUAAUCAGAAGCGCGUCUAACACUGUGCGCUGGUGGCGGAAUGACUGACGAAAAAUGUUUGGCUUCGUGGUGAUCGCCAGGGCGCAGCACCGCCUAUGGGAGAUCGGCAGCCAGAGUACGGAGGUCAGGCCUGCUGAUAAGGCGCUGGAGAUCGGCACUGGUCGGGGGCUGUUCGGCACUGGGCUGCAGGGCAUCUGGUGGGCGAAAGCGCGUCCGUUGCGCUGAUCUUGACCGAGAAAGCGGAAGAACAGCCUCGCGAUAUGAGCGCACAGAUCGGUAAUGCAGUAGCUGUACUUAUCCGCCACCAACAUAAAAAGGGGUUUUUAUAGACUUUCUCGACCAUCUUGCUAUCAGAGACACUCUCCCACGGUUCUAGGAAUAGGUACGCGUUAGACAAGUAACAUUUAUUCGAAACCUUUGAUUGCAGAUUGAGUGUCUAUCAUUAUCAUUUUAGCACUACGCUUGAGUUUGUGUAGUUUGUGGUAUAAAGAUAUAAAUAAAUAACCCUGUUAAGUGGCUGUAAAGGCUACGCUGUGUGAAA